CUCGCACACGGAAGCGCCUCGGGGUGCUCUGUACGAUGAGACGCCAUUCAGCCGCUGAAGCUCCGCGACCUAAACGCGUCUUUUUUUUAUUUUUUAGUUUGCUGUGUUUUCUUGUGAUCGGGGCUCCAGAGCCCGAACACCGACGGGUUGGAAAUGUUUGGGAGUGUUUGUGAAAUAGUGAAACCAUGAGCGCUCCUCACAGCGAUGUGGACGGUGUUUUUCUUACUGCACCUCGGAGCUGUGCGCUGUACAGUCUCCUCCUCCCUCCCAAGCCCGAUCAAUGUGACCUUCUCUUCAGUCAACCUGUGGAAUGAGCUGCAAUGGUUCCCAGGAGGUGGCACUCCGGAGGACGCACGGUUUAAAGUGGAGUAUGCCAUCUACGGGGACAGCGUCGUGACGCCCGGGGGGAGGAAGGUGAACUGGAAGGCGGUGCGGAGGUGCACGGGAAUAACGCGCCACGGGUGCGACCUGAGCGACGAGACGCGGGACCUGGAGCACGAGUACCUCGCCCGGGUUCGCGCCACCACCCGGACGGGGUUCUCCGCGUGGGCCACGACGCGGCGGAGGUUCCACCCGAAGGCGGACACUGCUUUCGGCGCGCCGCUGGUGUCCGUGGAAGUGGGAGACGGCGGCGCGAGCGUCACUCUGAAGGGACCGAUGAGGCAUCAGCCCAGCAACCGCACCCCGGCGGUCUCCAUGGCAACGCUGUACCCCCAGAUGAUGUACAUGCUCUCCGUGGAAAACACCCGCCGCGGCACGACGAUCCACGUCCCGAUGAACUCCAAUUCGUACACAUAUCGACUGAUGGAGUACGACACCGAGUACUGCUUCUCUGCUACGACGAAGUUCCUGUCCAUGCCCGUCCAGUGCCGGUCCUCGCCGCCGUACUGCAUCACCACGCCUGCAGACCCUGUGAUUGGCCAGCUGCUGAGGGUGGUUGUGGGUAUUGUGGUCCCAUCCGUGUGCAUGUGCACGUUGGCGGUGGUUGGCUACCUUCUGCACAACUACCUGACGGGGAAAGGACAGAAGAGCCCGUACAUACUGAACCCGCCGGCUUUUCAUCCGCCCGUUCUGCUGUUUCACCCGGAGAGUCCCAACCUCAUGGUCAUCCCCAUCAUCCCACCGGAAAGCGCCGCAUCAGACGCCGAGUGCUCCAAGCGGCCGCAACACGCCCGGCAUCGCCCGCCGGGAUACGCCUCGCAGGGGGGCGAAAUACUGCCACAGCCUGAGGGCGACCCGUCAGUGGAGUACGGGUGUGUUGUCGUCGCCCCCGAGGUGCCCGUCGGAGGAGAACAUGGGCAUAACUUGAAUGGCGAAUACCGGAAACGUGCGGCCGGAGACGGGUACGAGAGACAAGAGUGGAGCGUCGAGGAGGACCACUCCGCUGGACGACACGAGGAGGUGCCCCUUCUUUCUACCGGUUCCACCCACACGCCUUCCUCCGUCUCCGACCAGUCCGAUCUCAUACCGGUUGACUACGGUGUUCUGAGACCGGCGCCGGAACAUAUUGAUGAGGAGGAGGAGGAGGAGGAGGAGCAGGAACGUAUUUGCAUCAAUUGGAAUCCAGAGACCGGGAGGCUGGUGCUGCCACAGAUGGAUGGGUUGAUGCGGGAGGAGGAGGAGGAGGAGGAGGAGGUGGUUGAGUUGAGGUUGGAGAAUGUGUUCGUAAGACAAGGCUCGGAGGAAAAGGCGGAGGCACGGAGAGAGAUGGAGGGAGGGGGCGGGACAGGAAGCGAGGUGGAGGACUUUUCGACCAGAUGGAAUUUGGUAGUCUCGAUGGACGAGUAGAUGAUAUUCAUCAAUAGGUUUACACUAUUAAUACCCCAAAAAGCUCCUCUUCGGCACUUAUAUUGUACAUUUAAAAUGUUUAUUUUUAGUUGUGAAUACUUGGUAGGGUGACCUGUAUAUCUGUGAAUGUUUACGCUUUAUUAUGUGGGAUUAACCAAUCACACCGAUCAAUGUCACACUGUGACCAACUCUGAAGGAAAUCGUCUACAUGUAGAGCAAAAUGUAGUUAAUCAAUCAAUAAUUUUCUUUGAGGUAUCCCACAUCCUGAUAUUGAUGUCUAGACAGAUUUUAAAAAAUCUUUGAUUUUUGUGGUAGUACAAAAAAAUGCGACAAAAUAAAUACUUCUGCGAGCUUUAAGCUCUGACCAGAAUUUACUGCAGGUACUCUGUGACUAUACACAUAUCUGUGUACAAGUGGUAGUAGUUGAGGGUACUUUCAGGUUUCUGGUCUGUUACCGUUUAAUAUGGAGCAUAAUCAGCAUUCCUUUAGAUAUAAAUCCAUCACAUCUGAAUAUGUUAAAUGAAGGAAAGAUUGACGUUUUGAUGAAAGAGGCUGUGUUCAUAAAAGUACAGCACUUAUUUUUAUUUAGAAGAAAUCUACGUAAUUUAUGUUUUGUAAUAAUGGAGGAAAGCACUACACUCUCUUUGUAUGUUGCUGUAUGUUGCAUAACUGAAUUAUUCAUACUGAAUUAAUUGACAAUAAAGUGAACUUGCAAACUA